UAUUUCGUUGCAACACCGUUGCAUCAAGAAGCAUGGCGGCGAUCUUGGGUCAAGGAACGCUUAGCAUAUUAAAAUGUUUAUGUCCACGGUUUUCGAGUCGAUCAAAUGUGUUAUGUAUAAAUGGUAUUAACGUUUAUACCAGUCAUGCCAAAUCCACAGUUCGGGGCCCAGUGAUUGACGAUAGUAACGUGGAAAUUGGUGUGACAUCUGAUGGGAAAACAGUUGUAUGCUAUCAUCCCGCAGUAGAAUUUCCUUAUGAGUUAAGCCAGCCUAUUCCUCGUCCGGACCCCAUAACCAACCUACCGGAAACCCAUGACCAGGUUUUAAAACAGAGACUUGGCAAAGAAAGCCUAAAGGAAAAGCAAGCUCCCACUAUUGAAGAGCUUAGUAAUAUGUUCUACACAACGAAGCACCGCUGGUACCCGAUUGGACAGUAUCGCACGAGGCGCAGAAAUAAAAAUCCUCCUAAAGACAGAUAAUGAAGUAAUAUGUCUAAAUAUCCAUGAACUCAUAUGUUUUGUGUAACUGUCUUGUAUUUGCUCAAAUAAAUAAAAUGUAUAUGUGAACUAAA